AACGAGGCAGCAGCCCCUGUCUGAUCUAUUGCGGCGACAAUCUCACGUCGCAACAUGCGAUCAAUUGCAGGCAAAGGGGGACAAUUCCCUCACAAUUCUCGCGCACGGGAGCCUGUGCAAAUCUAGGAAGUAUCUCCGUCACACGAAUUGACGAAGAGCAGUGUCCAUAGCGAAGCAAUUGGCUUAGAAACUGAUGGGACCACAGGAGGCUUGAAACUACGCACCUCAGAAUCAUUCUGCUGUGGAGGUUGAAGAUUUGUAGAAAUGGAGGUGGAGGUGAGGAGGGUUGGGAAGCAGGAUUGCUUUGCAUCGCUGCCCAUCCCGCUGCUGGAAGCGUUUCUGUCUGAACAAAUGCCGUCGUUUCCUGUCGUGCUCGAGCUUCGUCUUCCGGGGAAGAAAGGUCGAGGUGGGCCGUGGUUUGUGGCAUGGGAUGGUUCAGCUUCUCGGACUUCGCACAUCGAGGUUUCAGAAAAAUUCGCAGACUGCAUUGGUCUGGAGAAUGGCACACGGGUUAUCGUUCGAGCUAGGGCCGAGGUUGCUGUUGCUGACACAGUCGCCAUCGAACCUGCAAGUGAAGAUGACUGGGAAAUGCUGGAGCUUAAUGCUGAGUUUCUAGAGGAGCACUUGAUUACUAGGGUAGGAGUAUUAUACGAAGGACAGCGAUUCCCCGUGUGGAUUGAAAGCGGCAGUGUUUUGUUGCUUCAAGCCUCCACUACAAGUCCUAGCAAGCUGGUACGAUUAGAAGCUGGUGCUGAGCUAAUUGUUGCUCCGAAGAAGCGACAGGUGUCAACAUCGUCGAAUGAUGUCAAGGUUUCUGCCGAGAACGGUAAAUUAGACAGGGCCUCAGUGUGGACAGGACAUGCUUGGCUCCGGGUUCAGGAGCUGCACCCUUCUUUAGUGCAAUCCGUUCAUGUGGGGGAAUUGGUCUGCUUUAGCGACCCCACGACUGCCAUGUUCUUGUGCCCUUUGACUGCGAAAAAAUUAAGACUUUCACAUGGACAGCUUGUUACGUUGUCCGAGUUUUCAGUGAAGACCAGGUUACAUAAUUUGCAAAGUGGAGAGCAGGAGAGUGUUUUUCCCACCGAGGCGGAUGGUUUUGAGCUUGGUAAUGGAAGAGUCAAAGUGAAAACUGCGGGAAGGAGGGUGGUUGUAAGAGCGGUGGUUACAGAUUUAGCCAAACCGGGGCAUAUUAUGCUGGCCCAGUCACUUCAAACUUACUUGGGUCUCAGCUGCCAUGCAAGAAUUGGUAUCCAUUCAUGCGGAGAUCCCAGUGCUUCAAUGCCUGCAUUGCUUGAGUUCUUUCCAGCAGUAUUUGAGGAAACAGAAGAGAAUGGUGAUGAAUCACUCCAGGUGAAUAAAAGCCGUGUGCAUGUGGGUAGAAAGGUAGAGCGCGUGUUAGGGAGAUGGAGCAACCACAAAGAAUUUUUAGCGUCGGUGGGUGAGAGUCAGAGAGAAAAUGGAAUCCAUCGCUUGAGCCAUAAUGAAGAUGUGAAAAAUUCUGAGGAAACUCAACGAUCCGUGACAGGAUUGCUCCAUGCUUGGCUGGUCGCACAGGCAGCUGUUUUCAGCUGUGAUGCACCUUCCCAACUUGAGAAGUAUGUACCAGUCUCAGGAACAACUAUAGUUCAUCUCAGACCUUCUCAACAGUCCGUAAGGAUAAAAGACUCAGAGAGCAGAGGUACUCACAGGGCGUUGAAAAGUUCUGUCAAGCAGGACCAAAAAGAUCUACUCUUUUUGAUUGGGUUUCAAAAUCAUUCUAACGAUGGAUCAUCUCCAACUCAAGCUCUAUCAAACGCAGCCACUCUUGAUGAAUCGAACCUUUAUAUUAUGUUGGAGUCGCAGAUGUUUUUAGAUGAACAAGAACCUUUCAGCAGAAAAGCGUCAGGAACAGUUUCUGAUAGUAAACGCAUAUUGCCCGUCAAAGUUGGCAGUUUCGAAACUAUUUCCUGUAGGAGUCUAUCCAACUGCUAUGAAACUUGUGGGCCCACCCUAUUUUCGCUGAGGUGGUUAGGCGAAUCACUGGAAAAGGCCUUUUUUCGAGUGAAAUUACUUCUAUCGCCUACCAUCACGAGGAACUGUUUUGACUUUACUGGAACUGUUCUUCUGCAUGGACCACCUGCCUGUGGAAAGACUACGGUAGCUUUAGCAUUGGCUCGGGAGCUGCAAGCAGACCCAAGUGUACUUGCGCACAGGGUGAUUGUAAGGUGCAACAAGCUAGUCGGGGAACAGGCUAGCUCAAUCCGGAAUUUGCUACAAGAUGCUGUGUCAGAAGCCCUGGAUCAUGCGCCAGCUUUGGUUAUUUUGGAUGAUCUAGACGCCCUACUUCCAAAAGAAGAAGGUCCGGAGCCAGCUACAGCAGUAAUGGCUUUAGCAGAGUUUCUCGGUGAUCUUAUGGAUCUAUACCAGGGAGGCAAGCAAGGAAUGAAGAUAGCAUUUCUCGCCACUGCUAGGUCACCUAUGGCUAUCCCGGAUUCAUUGUGCUUAUCAGGAAGAUUUGAUUAUCACGUAGAUUUGCCCACACCGGCAGCAUCAGAGAGGGCAACGAUCUUAGAGGAGGCUGUAGCUGCUCGUGGUUUUUUAUGUUCGUCAUCAGUAGCAUCUGAAGUCGCAAUGAGCUUUGAUGGGGCUGACAGAAGUGAUCUGGACGUGUUGGUGGAUAGAGCUGCACAUGCGGCAGCGGCUCGCUUCCUUUCUCCAGGAGCUACGAAUGAAUCCAUCACAGAAUGGCUACUAAACCAAUCUCUGUCGUCGAGGAGGGAGAAAUUCGAACUUUUCUCGAUGGACUUCAAAGCAGCUCAGCACGAUUUUGUCCCUUCAGCGAUGCAAGGUAUUGCAAAAGGUGGGGAUCAAGCUGGAAGAUCUGGAUGGGAUGACGUGGGUGGUCUCUUGGAGACACGUCGUGCUUUACAAGAGGUAUUGGAGCUGCCAGUAAAAUAUGGAAGUAUGUUUAAAGGGGCUCCACUCAGGCUGCGCUCUGGCGUUCUUCUUUAUGGUCCACCUGGGUGUGGUAAAACCCACAUUGUAGGGGCUGCUGCCGCGGCAUGCAGUCUUCGUUUUAUUUCUGUCAAGGGCCCUGAGUUAUUGAACAAGUACAUUGGGGCCUCUGAGCAAGCGGUUCGUGACGUCUUUGCGAAGGCAGCAGCAGCCGCCCCGGCACUGCUUUUCUUUGAUGAAUUUGAUGCCAUCGCUCCGAAGCGAGGCCAUGACAACACCGGAGUGACAGACCGUGUCGUUAAUCAACUCCUGACGGAACUUGAUGGCGUGGAGGCUCUCAAUGGCGUCUUUGUGUUUGCAGCAACCAGUCGACCAGAUUUACUGGACGCAGCUUUACUCCGACCUGGUAGGUUGGAUCGGAUGUUAUUAUGCGACUUCCCCACUACUUCUGAGCGCGCUGAGAUACUUCAUGUCCUCUCCAGAAAGUUAUCUUUUGCAGAGGAUGUGGACUUGGACACAGUGGCUGCUAUAACGGACGGAUUCAGUGCUGCUGAUCUGCAAGCCGUCUGUUCAGAUGCGCAACUGGAGUCUGUCCAUACUUUCUUAGCAAACAGGGAGGGAACAGCUCCGGUGGAUUCAACAGCAAAACCGCUCAUCACAAUGCAACACUUACAAACUGCUGCUCGGAAUGCAAGGCCUUCAGUACCUGAGGCUGAGAGGCGGAAGUUAAAUGAUAUUUAUGCAUCCUUUAUGGAAACGAGGAGGACAACGCCAUCAAAGUCACAGGAAAACAAAGGUAAGCGUGCCACUUUGGCAUAAUCAAACUGAAAGGCUUCAUCACAGCACUCGAAAAGCAGAUCCCUUCUAGGCAGUGAGAAUUAAUACAGCCACUGAAGAAGCUUGUACUAGCCAAAAGUACCAGAGCCACCUGGAAGGAAGAUGCUCAUUUUUGUUGCCUCUCUCAGAAGGUGGCCAGCUCUAAGGAAGAUUUCAUGAGGAUAUCGAGAUUGAGGUAACAUACUAGCAUCAAAUUUUUAGUUUCAAGUUUAACUACUCACAGCAGCUGAGUUCUUGUGAUUUUCAACCUUCGACUGUAAAUAGUUCCGAGGUAUUUUUAAAUACACGUCAUUUUUCACUUGGUCUGCAUCACGGUUUUGUACAGCGUUGCCUCCGGGAUUUGAUGAUCUGUGCAGACCCUAUUUAGGACAGCGAGUUCCCUUACUGUGCCAUAUAGUUUUUCAUGCUACACUACUCGAUCAUUCUAAGAACUUUAAGAAUGGUGAACUUCUGACUAUUAACAAAUUUGGAGCAUGAUUCUUUGUGAUCCAGUA